GUUAACUGCUACAAAAUAUCUUAUCAGUGAAAACAAGAAGAAUAAAAAAUAAUUUAAAUUUAAAGUGUAAUCUUGUUUGCCUACUUACAUAGGUCGCCAUCUGUUGAGGAUUGUUGGAUGUAGUAGGCGCAUACUGUACAGAGAUAUCUCUGAUACUAUACCGUAUGUUUUAGUUGGUGUAACCUUGGUUGCCUGCGUAAAGUGUAAACAACAUAUGAAUGGCGAUCGUUUAUUUUAAGCAAUAGCAAAUGAGUUGAUAAAUUGUGAUUGGAUCGAGUUGGUUUGGCAUCGGCGACGGCCAUGAUGGCGGUGCUGCGCUGCUGCGCCCUCACACACACGUGAGCGGAAUUAGCGGCUCGGCUGGUACGUACAGACUCCCACGUAUUCGAUGGCGAGGCAGAGGGAGCGACGGUUCGGCUAGCGGGCGCGACAGAGAGCCAGCGCUGCGAGUGAUCGAAGUGAGCUCAAGAUCGCCGGAGGCUGAACGCAGCGAGCGGCCUCCGAAUCAAUCAGCGACGUUCUCUGCGUGCUGUUCUCUUUCUCUGUCCGUUUGCUGGCUCGGCGCGUUCGGACGGAGCAUCGGCAGACGCGGGGCGCAUGCUGUUUCGUACCUGCGAUCAGCUUUGAACCGCCGCUGCUAACAGUCAGUAGAGUAUUAGUUCGAAACACCUGUAGACGCUAGUAUGUGAUUGAAUGUAGAAUCUUGGCCAAUAUUGGAGAAAUGCAUGUUGUCAGACAGUGGUGAGCAUGAAAGCUGUAGCAUUCGGGCAGUGAGAGUCCGUGUGGUGAAGUGCGGGCCCCCAACAUCAUGCCGCCCCUGUGAUUGCCUGAGCCUAGACAAAGGGAUUCUUCCGUUGCUCAGAUACGCGAACCACUAAUUGUUUGUGAUCACCACCUCUAGGUAAUUAACAAUGAACAGUAACUAAGAUCAAGCUCAAGUCCAAGCCAUAAAAGUGCCAUAAGUUGAACAAUAAUAAUUCAAAGUGCAAUAAAAAGCGUUCAAGUGAACCUCUGUGAUAUAGACUACUGAUGCCAUAACAAUGACUCGUCGUAAUAUAGAUGAUCUGUCGUCGAAAACUUCUCCUUGCGGAGGAAUGAUGUCUCCUCCGCCGCCACAGGCCUCUCCCGCCGGAAGAUCUCCGAUAAGAGAGCGGGACGGCGGGCCGGAUUCUCCAACGAUGCUGGCGACGAUGACGCCGGUGAACGUGAUGGAACUCAAGAAGGAGAUGGAGGAGGAAAGUGCCAUGGGAAGAGCUCCCCUAUAUACUCAGGUCAAAACUGAAGUCAUGUACGAAAAAGAUGAUGAUAUUUAUGCUCAAGGGAUAUCGGACAAGCACGAUACCCCCAUAGACCUAAUUUACGAAGACGGUAACAAAACAGUGAUAUACACUACCGCUCCCGACCAGAAGGGCUUGGAAAUCUACUCCGCCGACAACACCGGCGAAAUAACCAUCAACAACUACGGCCAUCAGAUUCACGGCCAGCAAAUCGCCGAUGUCCUUAUUGACGGUAACUCGAUCAACGCUGGCGGCGACGUCGGCGGCAGCCCCCCCGCCACCGUCUCGGUCGUCCUCCAGGGAAACGGACAGGGACUCCUCCAGUACCCCCAAACCGCCCAGGUAGCCGGCACCACGGUCCUAGUCCUCUCAGAGUUGGUCGACGAAGUCAACGGGGUCCCAGUUGUUGGAUUAAGAAAGCGAAAGGAUAACUUGGAUUCGAACAGUGGUUCCUCGAGUACAGGAGCCGAGAUUUCCGUUGGUCAGCGUGGUAUGGCCGAUUUAGCAGAGGGGCAGGCUUCCCCCGAGGAUCAGCAGACUUGGAGGGCGUACUACGAGCACCCGUUGACCGCCGCCACCACCGCCAUGUUGAAUAUCGGCGGCGGCGCCGAAGAGCAGCAGACCACCAUGGGACUGAUCUACGAGUAUUACAAGCUGCCGCCUUUGCCUGCAGACUCUAAGGAUUCCAAGCUGAGCGAUAUUUGGCCGGCGAGCUCCCAAACCGGAGGCAUUCUAACGUCCCAGCUGAAGGCAGCCAAUGGACUGGUUGGUGGGGCGGGCUUAGAGUUGUCGACUCCGCCUCUGACUAGUGCCGGUCAACUAAGCUCGCAAGAGUUGCAGGGUUUAUUUAUUAACCAUAACGUUGGUUACGCACAGCCCGCAGGCACGGCCGGACAAAAUUUACAAAUUGUCAAAAGAGAACCAGAAGAUUUGAGCCACCAUCGCAAAUUAGACUGUAGCUCGCCGAGUUCGGCCAGUCUUGACGGAUCGAUCAUUGUCAGCAAGCAACGACACAAGGUCGUGCUGGUGUCAUCAGGCGGGCACCCAGGCGGCGGCGGCGGCGGCGAUUUGGUGGUGGACGUGAACUCGAUCAAAGACGAGAGCCACCGGGGGUUGAAUUCCCCACAGCACGGCUCUCGUUCGAUAAAUGGUACGCCGACGUCGACCCACAGCAGCCUGUUAGCGGACGGCUCCAACACGGGGGGACCCAUUGAAUUCAUCUCUGCGGAUGGACUCAAACCUGCGAUGUAUACAACGCAGAUAUUCGCCUCCAUGAGCAACGCCGGGCACAGCGGAAGCGGCACGCCGUCGCCGAUUCCCUAUUCCGAUCAUGUGACUCAGUACACGCAGAGCUCCAUGUGCGGUGCGGGCGCCGGCUCCGCGAAUUACUCCUCUUUGACCGGAAGGCCCAGCAGUUCGGGCGCCUUUUCAGUGUCCGAUCCGUACUAUCGCGAAUACUUCACCACCGUCACGUCCGGCGCGGCCACCCCCGAGCCCGUCUACUCCACGCAGCUCAGGCAAGGACAGCUGGGCUACGGGGACGAGGCCGCCAGCGGUGGCGCGAACGCCAGUUUUGUGGAACGAUACGUGCGCCAGUCUGCCUAUCAUGGAAAGGGAGUGAUCGCCGCCGCGACGGCUGCCGGACUUACUGUCGAUCUCCCAAGCCCGGACAGUGGAAUCGGUGCAGAUGCUAUCACACCGCGUGACCAGAAUACGCUGCACCAGUCGUUCGACUACACGGAACUCUGUCAAAGCAACGCCAUCCUCGAUCCGCUGUCUCUAUCUCAACGAAGCAACAGCAGUUCAGCGUCUCCCGGAGCGCAGCCGACCAGCAGAAGUCGACCAUGGCACGAUUUCGGACGCCAAAACGACGCCGACAAAAUCCAAAUUCCAAAAAUAUUUUCUCCGGUGGGUUUCAAGUAUCACCUCGAAACUCCGAUAUCCACCUCCCAAAGAAGAGAAGACGAUAGAAUAACUUACAUUAAUAAGGGACAGUUUUACGGGAUCACCUUAGAAUACAUACCAGACCCUGAAAAACAGCUCAAAUCACAGACUGUAAAGAGUAUUGUUAUGCUUAUGUUCAGAGAGGAAAAAAGUCCAGAGGACGAGAUUAAGGCCUGGCAAUUCUGGCAUGGCAGGCAGCAUUCAGUGAAACAAAGGAUUUUAGAUGCUGAUACGAAAAACAGCGUUGGUUUGGUCGGAUGUAUAGAAGAAGUUGCCCAUAAUGCCAUAGCAGUGUAUUGGAACCCAAUGGAAAGCCCUGCAAAGAUUAAUAUUGCCGUACAAUGCCUCAGCACAGACUUCAGUAGCCAAAAAGGUGUCAAAGGUCUUCCGCUUCAUCUACAAAUCGAUACAUACGAAGAUCCAAGAGAUACAAACAUUUUCCAUAGAGGAUAUUGCCAAAUUAAAGUGUUCUGUGAUAAGGGCGCUGAACGUAAGACUAGAGACGAGGAGCGUCGAGCUGCUAAAAGAAAAAUGACCGCGACCGGAAGAAAAAAGCUGGACGAGCUGUAUCACCCGGUGUGCGAAAGGUCGGAGUUCUACACGAUGAGCGAUCUGAACAAACCGCCCGUGCUAUUCUCGCCGGCGGAAGACAUCGAUAAGCUGGCGUCGAUGGAGCUGCAAGGGUUCUACACGCCGCACGAUACGGACGGCUCUUUGACCGGGGCCGUCGACCACGUCAAGCCCGGCUCGCAGUUCUUGCUGCACACGGCGACAAAGCAGUCCACCACCCCGACGUUGAAGUUCCACAACCACUUUCCCCCCGAGGCCGACAAGAAGGACAACAUUUUGGAGUCCAGCUUGACGACGGACGGCAGCGUGUUUUCUCCUCCAAUGAAAAGGCAGAAGAUGAUGAGCGGAGGGCCGGGAAGCGUCGGGCCUCCUCCGCUGAACGAGAGGGUGAUGCUGUAUGUGCGCCAGGAGAACGAGGAGGUGUACACUCCGUUGCACGUGGUGCCUCCCAGCACACAAGGCCUGUUGAACGCGAUUGAGAAUAAGUACAAAAUAAGCGCUUCGAGUAUUAAUAACUUAUUUAGAAAAAACAAAAAAGGCAUUACGGCCAAGAUUGAUGAUGAUAUGGUAGCAUAUUACUGUAACGAAGAUCUGUUUUUGCUAGAGCUUAAGGCAGUAGAUGAAGAACUGUUUGAUAUUACUUUUGUGGAACUGAUGGACCAUUAGAUAACCGCCAUUGAUAUUAUUUUAUUACGUACUUAUCAUUUAUCAUUUGUUGUGAUUGUUUUUUACGAUUUAAUGUUAAGAGCGAACUUUAUUUUUGUUUAUAGAUUUUAGAAUGUUUUAUAACUGUAGUUUUUGUUUUUAUUUUUUUAAGUGGCCACAUAUCUGUAUUUUAAAAAUAUCGGUGUGUCCAUUAACAUUCAAUGUAACUUUAAUGUUAUAAAUUUUUAUAUUUGGUGGCAAUGUUUAUUAUUGUUUUCAGAAAUUAGAUAUUUUUAUUGCAUUUAGUAGUUAAGGUUUACAUCAUUUAUUAUUUUAUAUAUUAAUAAUUGGUCACCAAUGAUCUCAAAAUUGAAAUGUGUAAAUGAUCUAAACACAUUUAUCAGUAUGUACAGAACCAUUAUCUAUGGGAAGGGUCAAGGGAAAAACUCAUCACUGUAUAUAGCUUUAGAUAUUAUAUGAUUUGUACAUAGUGACCAGCCAUGACGUAGAUAAAACACAUGAAAAGUGUUUUGUGAUAAGCAGUACUGAAGAAUGUAACGCAAAUGUAAUAAUUAAUGAUUUUUAUUGACUGCUUGAAGUCCGUCAAUUAUAUUUUUUUAUUUUUACGUACAUAAUAACGAGGACUUCGACUAGUCGAUUUUAACUCUCAAACAUUCCGUAUUUAUUAUUAAUAACAUGCCCACAAUUUUUCUAUUGUGAGAUCAAACAAAAUGCCAUUCUCGCAUAAAAUUUAAAUCGUACCUGACUUAUGCUUUAUCAAUUUUCUGUUUAUUUUUUUUUGUUUAAAUUAAAGCUGCCAUUUACAAAACGGCCUUUAUCGAAAAUCAAAACUACUUUUGAGGUACACUUCUUCAAUCAACAUUAUUAUUUUUAACGGAAUUUUUCUAUAUCCUAGAAAAUUCUACGUGGUACUGAUCUGAGAUUUUGUCUUGUACAUUUAUUUCUCAUAAUUUAUUAUCUGUAUGCAACUAUUAUAGUCAGUCGCAUACAACAUUUUUUUUCAAAUGAUAUUAGAGUAGUUAUAUUAGGAUAAAUAAGAUAGCUCUCUUUAUCAAACUUUUUUUAGUUUUAUAUCAAAGAAAUGAUUGUUAUGUUAGAGUACUGUAACCAACGACUUUGUCUUCAAUGAAUAUUACUCAUGUAAUCAAUCAUUGAUUGUCAUAUUCGCAAUAUUAUUUAAGGUUUUUUAUAAAUGUACGAUUUGAGUUUAUAAAUAAAA